AUAUUCACUACCUAUUUAGAGACCAUGCGUAUACCAUCUCUCAACUUUCUUUAACAAUGAUUCUACAAAUGACUGUCAUUGAUAAUAGUCAGACAUAUUUGUAGGAAGCUGUAUUUUGUUUUGCUUCUUUUUGUAAUGUAAUUGGAUACAUUUAGUGAUCGAAAUAUGGAUUCACAAGAACAGCAUUCAUCUGAUUUCAUUAAUGUUAGUCAUAAAUCAAAUUCGUUGUCAAAAAACGACUUUGAAAGUCUUGGUUUUGUUAUUGACAAUGGCAAGCCCAGAUUUAAAUUGGAUGAGCCUGUAUCUACAAAUUUUCUUCCAAAUAUCGAAUUGACGAAGUCAGAGGAUUCUCUUGAUGACAGCGACACAUUAUCUUUUGUCAUACUAGGAAAGAAAUCGUUAGAUUCUAUACAAGCAUCGUCUUUAGCAACAUACUCCGAUAUUCAACAAAAAUGCAUGUCAAUUGAUUAUAAUUCAAUAAUAUCAUCUUUAAAUUCUUCUGAAAUACAACAAAAGUUAGCAGAAUUGUUACAGGAGAAUGUCAAAUUAAAAGAAACAUUAAAACAAAAUACUAUAGCUAUGAAACAACAAUUUAAUACUUUAGUAACAUGGCAAGAAGAGGUAAUGAAUGUUCACAAAAAUCAUAAGCAAAAGUUUAAAGAAACCAGACAAUUGAUCAAUGUUCUUAAACAAGAGAAUGCUGAAUUGAAAUUAAAACUUUGUGUUAUAAAUAUAGAUGACACGAUGGUUGGCAAUACAAAGGAAUUUAGUAAUUCAAUUCAUUUAAAUCAGUUGCAAAAGAAAAUAUCCUCUUUGACGGAUGAACUAUGUAAUUUUAAAUCCAAUUGUGCAAAAUUAUCUGAAGAUGCUGAAAAAUAUAUCAGUUUACCAAGUAUGACGAAUAUGCAAUUGAAAGAAACUAGUUACAAAACAGAAGAGCAAAAUCUUAAAGCAAAAGAACUUGAAGAGCAAGAACUUAAAAUAAAUGAACCUGAAGAGCAAAAUCUUAAAAGAAAUGAACCUGAAGAGCAAAAUCUUAAAAGAAAUGAACCUGAAGAGCAAAAUCUUGAAAAAAAUAAACCUGAAAUAGGUGGUAAUACAGAUCAAGUUCAAGUUAACGAAAUAAGUCAGCUUAAUAAUUCGCUCAAAGAUGAAAUAAAAUCGCUACAUUGUUCCAUAAAUCUUAAUAUGGCACAAAUAUCAGAUCACAUAAUAUCUCCACAAAGUCAUUACUUUACACAAAGUAUAAAACAAUAUGGAGAAAUGUUACAGGAAAUGACUGAUUGUUUCAUUGCACAAAUUGCUCGGUAUUCUGCUGUACAAAAAUGUAUAAAGGAAUGUAUAAAUAUAUUAGAUGCUUGUAAAACUAUAAAAUUACCUGAACAUUGUGAUACAGUUGAAGAAAAUUGGUCACUACAACUUGAGCAGCUACAAAUUUACAAAGAUAAGUUAUCAAUCUAUCAGAAAACGUUAUAUGAAGAACAAUUAAAAUUAAUAAUCGAUAGACAAAGUUUUAUUAAGAUUCAGAACCAAUUUCAGAAAGUAUUUUCAGAUUAUAAUUCCAUUUUGUAUGAAUUACAAAUAAUAUCAGAAGAGAACAUUAGAUUAAAUAUAUUGAAAGAUAGUAUCUCUAAGGAAAGUUCACAAAAAAUAACUGAAUUAGAGAAACAUAAAAAUGAAAAUGAACAAAAAUUCAAUGAUAUUAAAACUAUUUUAGAGCAAGAAAGAGAAAGUUGGAGCGAACAAAAAAAGUUAUUUGAUAAUCUUAGAAAAACUUUAAAUAUGGAAUACAAACGCUUAAUUGAUCAGAAAGAAAUGCUCUUUAGUUUACACCAGGAAAAAGCAUUAGUGGAUAAACAAUGCCAAUUACAUAAGAGUAAUGAAGAACUUUUACAAGCAGAAAAAGAAACAUUGGAACAAAAAUGUAAACAAUUAAUUGUUGAUGCAGAUACUUUACGUAUUCAAUUAGAAGAGAAAGAAAAUGCUCUUAUACAACUUGGUUUGAUUAAAAAAGAACUAGAUAAAGAACUAAUGCAACAAAAAAAUGAAAUAGAGCUUCUAAAAAUACAAAUAUUGUAUAAUGAAGAAGAUUUUAAUUCAGAGAAGAAAGCUAAAGAGCAAUUAUUACUUGAAAGAAAUCAACUACAGAAAGAAUUAGAAAAUGCUUAUAAGAAAACGGAACAUUCAUAUUAUCGAGAUUUAGAAUAAAAGUCAACUUUUGCAAGAAAAAGAAAUUUCUUUUAUAUUUUAAUGAAAAAAAGCAAGUAUUUUAAUUUAAUAUUAAUCUAUAUCAUGCCAUAAAUCUAUUAAUUAUGCUGUUUAUAGCAUAAAUUUUAAAUUCAUAAAUAUAUACAAUCAAUAAAUAUUAUGUUUAAAAUAUUCAAUUAGAUUUGGGUUUCACUUUAUUCAUAAAUUAUUAAUAAAAAUAAUAGAUUUAUGUCAUAAAUAAUACUAUUUUAGUAUUUAUAGGUCACACAUUUUUUCCUAAGCUUUUAAUAAUUUGUACAUUUCUUUCAAAAUUUAUAAUUAAUUAAUACAAGAAAAAUUUUAAUUAUAUAUUAAUUCAUGCAGAUUAACAAUAAAAUAAAAAUUCUUUCUUUUAUAUAAUUUAUUUAAUAUCUUUCCUUAUCUAAUAUCCAGUAUGUGAUAAGUAAAGGAUAAUAUAUUAUCAUACAAGAUAAGUUUGAUUUGUUUAAAACAUAAUAACCUAAUAUCAUUAUAUCUUUAUUUUAUUAUUUAUUUUUUUGUACAAUAUUGAUACUUAUAUAAUUUUAGAUAAUAAAAUAAUAUAUAUACAAACUGUGUGCGUGUGUAUUUAUGUGUAUGUGUUUGUGUAUGUGCAUAUUUAAUUGUUAUUUAAGAUUACAUAGACAUGAGAAAUUAUUUUUUUAUUUUACAUAUUAGUCUUAUGAAAUCCUAAAUAGUGCAAAGACAAAGAAAUAUAUACAUAAAAAAAAAAUAAAAUAAUAUAUAUUUUUCUUUUACACUAUAUUUAAGAACACAAUGAUAAAUAUGCUGUAAACAAAAUAUCAAUGUAAACUAU